AAGAAAGAAAGAGAGAGAAAGAAAAGGGGAAAAGAAUCAGAUGUUCACUUCACUCUUCCCAACGCCACUCCAUCUCUCUCCACCCCGCACGCUCCCCAAGCACCACUCUCUCUCCUCCUCCUCCCUCCUCUUCCUCACCACCACCACCACUACAAAAUCAAACGCACUCCCACUUCGCCACGCCCUCGCAUCGCAACGUGACAAACCCUGCAGCCCGCCUUCUUCCUCCUCCUUCCCGCCGCCGCCGCCGCCGCCGCCGUCGAUGGAGUCGCUGGUCCUCCGGCUCCACGAGAUCUCCGCCGUCAAGUUCGGCAGCUUCAAGCUCAAGUCCGGCAUCUCGUCCCCCAUCUACAUCGACCUCCGGCUCAUCGUCUCCUACCCCGACCUCCUCCGCGACAUCUCCCAGGCGCUCAUCUCCUCCGUCGCCUCCACCGCCUUCGACAUCGUCUGCGGCGUCCCUUACACCGCGCUGCCGAUAGCGACGUGCGUCUCCGUCUAUAAUGGCAUUCCGAUGGUCAUGCGCCGCAAGGAAAUCAAGGACUACGGUACUUCCAAAGCGAUUGAAGGUGAAUUCAAGAAGGAUCAAGUGUGCUUGAUCAUCGAGGAUUUGGUUACCAGUGGCGCGUCGGUGCUGGAAACGGCUGCACCGCUGCGUGCCGUGGGGUUGAAGGUGACCGACGCGGUGGUUUUGAUCGAUAGAGAGCAAGGAGGGCGAGAGAAUCUGGAAGAGAAUGGGAUCAAGCUGCACGCGAUGAUAAAACUGACAGAAAUGGUGAGGAUUUUGAAGGAGAAGGGGAAGCUAGGGGAUGAUAUGGAGGCCACUGUGCUGAAGUUUCUUGAGGAGAACAAGAGGGUGGCUGUGCCUGCGAAGGAAGUGAAGGAGAAACCUAGGUUUUUGGGGUAUGGGGACAGGGCAAAGUUGUCAAAGAACGCCACUGGGAAGAGGUUAUAUGAGGUGAUGGUGGAAAAGGAAAGUAAUCUAUGUGUCGCCGCUGAUGUGGGGACUGCUGCCGAGUUGCUUGAUAUUGCUGAGAAGGUUGGGCCAGAAAUAUGUUUAUUGAAAACCCAUGUAGACAUAUUACCUGAUUUCACCCCGGAUUUUGGUUCCAGACUGCGCAUGAUUGCGGAGAAGUAUAACUUUUUGAUAUUUGAGGAUCGCAAAUUUGCUGAUAUUGGUAAUACAGUGACAAUGCAGUAUGAAGGUGGUAUAUUUCGAAUAGCAGAUUGGGCUGAUAUAACUAAUGCUCACAUUAUCUCUGGUCCUGGAAUUGUUGAUGGACUGAAGCUAAAGGGUUUGCCUCGAGGUAGAGGCCUAUUGCUUCUUGCUGAAAUGAGCUCAGCUGGUAACCUAGCCAAAGGGGAUUACACUGCAGCGGCAGUAAAAAUUGCAGAGGAUCAUUCUGAUUUUGUUAUCGGGUUCAUCUCAGUUAAUCCAGCAUCUUGGCCAGGGGCACCAGUGAAUCCAGCAUUUAUUCAGGCUACCCCUGGUGUUCAAUUGGUAACUGGUGGUGACAAUCUUGGGCAACAAUACAACACUCCACAUUCUGUGAUCCAUGACAGAGGCAGUGAUAUCAUAAUAGUUGGUCGCGGAAUCAUUAAGGCUCUGAAUCCGGCAGAGGCAGCUCGGGAAUACCGCCUUCAAGGAUGGAAUGCAUAUGUGGGCAGGUGUUCAUGAGACUUGAAGGCUCUCAAGUUCUGAUCCGAGUCGAAGUCUAUACCUU